AUGUCCAAGUACGGCGUGUUGGCUAUCGGUCCAGCUGGUGCUGGCAAGACGACCUUCUGCUCGGCGCUGAUUGGCCACCUGAAGAACUCGCGCCGCUCAUGUUUCUACAUCAACCUGGACCCUGCCGCCGAGGAGUUUGUCUAUGAGCCCGAUCUUGACAUCAGAGAGCUCAUCACUCUGGAAGAUGUCAUGGAAGAGAUGCAUCUCGGUCCCAACGGUGGUCUGAUCUACUGCUUCGAGUUCCUUCUGGAGAACAUGGACUUCAUCACCGACCCGCUGGAAGAGGUGGGUGAAGAGUACCUUAUCAUCAUCGAUAUGCCUGGUCAAAUCGAGCUGUAUACACAUGUGCCUAUUCUGCCUACCCUUGUCAAGUCUUUGACUAGAGGCUCUCUCAACGUCAACCUCUGCGCCGCCUACCUGUUGGAAGCUACGUUUGUUGUAGAUCGCGCAAAGUUCUUUGCUGGAACUUUGAGUGCCAUGAGUGCUAUGCUCAUGCUCGAGGUCCCUCACGUCAACAUCCUGAGCAAGAUGGAUCUCGUCAAGGGCACUGUCGCGAAGAAGGACCUUAAACGCUUCAUCGACCCCGAUGUCAGUCUGCUCGACGAGGAUCCAACUACCGGCCUGUACUACGACGAGACCAAUGAUCCCGACGACGUUACCGACUCCCACAGUGUCAUGGCAGGCUCUUCAUUCAACAAGCUGAAUCGCGCGGUCGGCCAGCUCAUAGACGACUUUGCCAUGGUUUCCUUCCUCAAGCUCGACGCCCAAGACGAAGACAGUGUCGGCUCUGUGCUCUCCUACAUCGACGACGCUAUCCAAUUCCACGAAGCCCAGGAACCAAAGGAGCCGCAAGAUGAAGCACAAGAUGAAGAGAUGGCCGAGAUGGGUUGA